AUGUCCAAGUCUCGCUACUUUUUGGAGCAGAGCGUUCCUGAGCUUCAGGAUCUAGAGCGCAAAAAGCUCUUUACCCGAAAAGAGAUCACGAUGAUCAUGAGAAGACGUACCGACUUCGAACAGAGGAUUGCCGGCAGAGGAUCUAAACCUAUGGAUUUUCUGGCGUAUGCCCAGUACGAGAAGAAUUUGGAGAAGCUGAGACGCAAGCGCUACAACAGAAUGAAGCCUGUGAUUGAUACCAAGCCGUCUGUGUCCGACUGGGCGUUCAGCCGGCGUAUAUUCUUCAUUUUCGAGCGCGGAGUCAACAAGUUCCCCAAAAGUAUGGAUCUUUGGUCGUCGUACCUGAAGUUUGCCCGCAAAAACGGCUCCGUCAAGGUGGUGUACUCGAUCUACUCAAAAUUGCUGCAAUUACAGCCGAAGAACAUCAACGUCUGGUUCUCGGCUGCCAGCUACGAGUUUGAGCAGAACAGAAACGUCAAGUCGGCCAGAAACCUGUUCAAGAGAUGUGUGAGAUUCAACCCAGAGAGCAGCGAGGUGUGGCAGGAAUUUAUCAAGCUGGAACUGACGUACUUGUCCAAAUUGCUACUUAGACGAAAACUGCUCAAAAUCAUCACCGAACAGCAGCAGAUACAGGACUUGAAAGAAAACGAGGCAGGCACCUUUGACGGGGACGACAUGAUCAGCCUCAUUCCAGACACAGAAAUCAACGAUGAGCUGAAUAAACUGCCCGAAAUGAACAUCGACGUGCUUGGAACCGCAGAAACCAACCCGGUGCUCAAGGGAGACUUGGUGCUGGCCAUCUUUGACGUCGCCGUGCACGCGAUCCAGAAAAACGUCCAGCUGUCCGAGGACAAAUUCACCAAAGUGUGGGACUUCUGCACUAGAGUGCUCGCACUGAUCGACAACUACGACAUCCUCGACAGACUGUACCUGGCAAACCACGUUGUCGAGUGGCUGGCACAUGACCACGGUCACGUGCCCAAGGUGGCCAUGUUGCAGCUGACGCUGCCGCUGCGGUACGUGGAGCUGGGCGACGCCGAGUUCGUCAGCACGCUGCAGAGCUCGGUCAAGACGUACCAGUCGUGGGCUACGCGGGCGAGAGUGGAGCAGGUCGUAAAAGACGAGGUGAAACAACUCUACACCGACUACAUCACGCAGCAGUACCUGAGCAGGGCCGACGGCGAGGUGAAGCAGAUUUUGGCGCUGCUUGUGAAGAGGCUGAAAUGA